AUGAAUCUCACCUUCAACGUUUCCCAAUGCAAAGGCAACACAACAAACGACGUUGGAUACACCACAGUGGAAAUUGCAAUACGGUCUGCAGUGGUGCUUUUGGUAUCUGUGACGAUCAUUUUAAGCAAUCUCCUUAACUUUGUCAUUCUGUGGACGAUCAAAAACAUAUCUCCUGUCACUAAGGUUUUUCUCAUUAAUUUGACUACAGCAGAUUUUUGCACAGGACUGAUUGGUUGUCUCCCAGCCAUAGCCCCGGCAAUUAACGGCACGUGGCCUUACGGCGCCAUCUGGUGUCAGAUAAGCGCUAUUGUCCAUGGUUCAUGUUCCACGGUGUCCAUUUGGAGCGUUGGUGUCAUCGGAGUUGAACGCUAUAUUGCCACCAGUUAUCCAGUAUUCUACAAAAAUAAAAUGACCCAGAAAAGAUCCCUUGGAAUUGUCUGCUUGCUGUGGACUUCGUGCUUAAUACUGUUUGUGGCACCAACAAUAAUCAAAGGUUGGCUGCUUUUUACCUCCAUGUGGAUGGCAAAUAGCAACUGUUUUGUCAACGUCAUCAUCUAUUCAGCCAUUUAUCCUUCAUUUAGAUUUCGAUUGAAAACAAUUUUAUGA